GGGGGAUUUCCAAGCGCCGGCUGCUCGCCGCUUCCUCCCCUUGUUUUGCUUUCGAUCUGGACCUUUCUCAGCCCAGGCGGAGGGAGUAACUUUUAGUUUUGUUCCCGCGAUUAUUCAGCGCCUUGUUUUCAUUUCCAUUUUUUUUUUGCAUUCUCUCCCCCUCCCCUUGGCAACAGCGGUAACCUUGAGGAAUUAUAUAAGUGCCGCGAAAACGUACCGACUGGCAAGAUCAAAGGUGACAAGAAUAGCAGAGCAGAGAAGUGCAGAAUGAUGCAGAAAGCGCAGAUGUAAAGAACAAAGGAGAGAGGAAGGAGCCGAACCUGGUGUAGUGGGGAGAGAAGAAGAAGCCUAAAUCUCCUUCUAACACAGGUAACGAUGCCUGUCGAAAGAAUGCGGAUGCGCCCAUGGCUGGAAGAACAAAUAAAUUCUAACACAAUACCAGGGCUGAAAUGGCUAAAUAAGGAGAAGAAGAUUUUUCAGAUUCCCUGGAUGCAUGCUGCAAGACAUGGGUGGGAUGUUGAAAAAGAUGCUCCUUUAUUUAGAAACUGGGCAAUUCACACAGGAAAAUACCAGUCAGGAGUAGAUAAACCUGAUCCAAAAACAUGGAAGGCAAAUUUCCGAUGUGCUAUGAACUCUUUGCCUGAUAUAGAAGAAGUGAAGGACAAAAGUAUAAAGAAAGGAAACAAUGCCUUCAGGGUGUACCGGAUGUUGCCGUUAUCUGAAAGACCGUCCAAAAAAGGAAAAAAAACAAAGUCCGAGAAGGAUGACAAAUUCAAACAAAUUAAGCAAGAGCCAGUUGAAUCAUCUUUUGGGAUUAAUGGGCUAAAUGAUGACACUUCUGACUAUUUCCUGUCCUCCAGUAUAAAAAAUGAAGUUGACAGUACAGUGAACAUUGUAGUUGUAGGACAGCCGCACCUUGAUGGCAGCAGUGAGGAGCAGGUGAUAGUUGCCAAUCCUCCUGAUGUUUGCCAGGUGGUAGAGGUAACAACAGAAAGUGAUGAACAACCCCUCAGCAUGAGCCAGCUCUACCCCCUGCAGAUCUCCCCCGUCUCGUCCUAUGCAGAAAGUGAAACGACCGACAGCGUUCCAAGCGAUGAAGAAAAUGCAGAGGGACGACUUCAUUGGCAGAAGAGAAACAUUGAAGGCAAACAAUAUCUGAGCAAUCUGGGAAUGAGGAACACUUCUCAUAUGCUUCCCAGCAUGGCUACUUUUGUAGCCAACAAGCCUGACCUCCAGGUCACCAUCAAAGAAGAAAGCUGCCCACUGCCUUACAACAGCUCCUGGCCCCCCUUCCCAGACCUCCCUCUGCAACAAGUAGUGUCCACAGCCUCCACUAGCAGCAGCCGACCAGACCGUGAGACACGGGCUAGCGUCAUCAAGAAAACGUCAGACAUCACCCAGUCAAGAGUCAAGAGCUGCUAAGCCUUUGACAGUUUGUUUUUUAGCUUUGUUUUGUUUGGUUUUUGUAUUUUAUGUUUCUCUAGGAGAGGUUCAUCACGCACAUUAGACAAAUCUAAGGUAAAGCCUUGGCAAUAUAAAACAUUGCUGUGUCCGACUCCGAUGCCGGAGUGUUUUUAACUCAGGACUCCAGCCGUCAGUAUGUACAUCUGAAUCCAGACGGACUUCCAAGGUUGUUACGUAGGAAAAAAACAUGAACUUUGGCCCACUUGCAGGUUCCAGUGCUUCAUAAGAGGACCAACUGACCACAAGGGAAGUGGUGCUGCUGCGCUUCUUACUGUCAAGGCUGUGAUGGAACUGAAAGCCUCAGAAUGGAAGAGAAAAUGUGAACUAGCUGGAAUAUUU